AUGAACAAAAUACUAAAUACUAUUGAUAAAAUUGAUAUUUUCGGGGUUCCAAUAAGUCUUUUAACUAAUGCUAAGGCUCCCUUAUUUUAAAGUAAGCUUGGUGGAAUAGUUACUCUUUUUAUUGGAAGCAUUUGCUUAGCAUAUUUUUUAUAUAUAAUAGUAUUAUGGAUAGACCAUUAAAUACCUCCUAUUGUGAGUUUUAAAUAAUAAACUUUAUCAUAUGCUGAAUUUCAGUUGUCAGACUCAAUUAUUCAAUUAGAAUUAUAAGAUUUUUUAGGUGAUGUAGAUCCAUUUAGAAAAGAAAAUAAUAUAAUCACUCCUAAUUUAUAUAGAAUUUUAAAUACAACUAUUGUUGAUAAACCAAUUCCAUUAUUUAGUAGUGAAGAAAAACCAUUUAAAAUAUCUAUAAAUAACGGAACUAUCGUUUUAAACCAUUAAGAUAUAAUAAAUAAUGAUCGUUAGGAAAUGACAUAAUUAUUAUUAGUUUUAGAAAGCUGUUCUAAUUUAACUUCUGUGUCUGGAAGUUAUUGUGCUGAUGAAAAUGUAAUAACAGAGUAUUUAUCUAAAUUUCAUGGAUUUUUAUUUUUAACUAUUAAAUUAAAUUAACUUGAGUAUUCUACAGGACAAUUAGAAGAAAUUGAAAAAUAAUAUUACACUGCCUUAGAACCAUCUAAACCUUUAUAUUCAUAAGUGAUGCUUAAAUAAUAAUAAUCUAAUAUUGAUAGUGGAAUAUUAUUCAAUAAUUAUCAAAAUUAUUAUUUCUUAAAUAAUUAUGAAUUAGUUCAUUAAUAAGUUGGUAAUGAUUUCACUUCUUAAGUUGUUAGUUAAAUGUCAAAACAAAAUUAUGAAUUCAAAAGUUUUGGUUGUUAUUUAUUUAGAAUUGAUAAUAUCUCUGUUGUAGAAACUAUAACACUACCCAAACUAGGUUAAAUUUUAGCUUAAGUUGGAUCAAUUGUUUAAGUAAUAUUUUUAUUAAAAUAUAUUGCAAUUUAUUACAAUAAAAUGUUAUUGGAAAACGAAUUACUCCAUGAAAUUAUAACUAUGUAUUAUCCAGAAAUGAAAACAAUCAAAUUGAACUUUUUAAAUUAAUUUGAAAAUUAUGAAAAAUCAGAUAAUAGCAGAAAUAGUUCACUUGAAAACAUUAAAUAUAAAUAUAAAAACUUUAUAAAAAGAGCAAAAGAAAAAUGCAGAUUAGAUAACAUAUUAUAUGAAAUUUCAAGAUUAUAAUUUAUUAUUUAACAAUAAUUUGGAGAUUAAGUUCUAUAAUAAAGUCAUUAAAUGGGAGCAAAAUUGUCCAAUCACUACAUGGAUAAUCAAAAUAGUAAAGAGUCAAAUAGAUUAACUGUUAAACCAGCUAAUUCUUUAGAUAUAGAAAAUGACUAUGCCUUAUUGGAACCUUUAGAAAUGUUAUAAAAGUAACCUUGA